GAAGUAUCUGAUGACGUCAAUUACAAGCGCCGUUUGAGUUAACAGAACAGAAGACAGAAAGCAUGGCUGCGGAUAUGAGAUUGCCAACAAUUCGGAAACAAGUAUCGUUAUCAUCCUCUCUGUCUGCUUUGGAUGGAAAAGAUCUAGUUGUUCCCGGUGAUGUGAUCACAUCAGAUACAGGGUUUAUGAGGGGUCAUGGGACUUACAUGGACGAAGAAAAACUAACAGCCUCUGUGGCAGGAGAGGUGGAAAGAGUGAACAAGCUCAUCUGUGUACGGCCGCUCAAGACCAGGUUCAACGGGGAGGUUGGAGAUGUGGUGGUUGGGAGGAUCACAGAGGUGCAGCAGAAGCGCUGGAAGGUGGACACCAACUCCAGACUGGACUCUGUGUUGCUGCUGUCCUCUGUCAAUCUGCCCGGAGGAGAGCUGAGGAGACGGUCAGCAGAAGAUGAGCUCACCAUGAGAGACUACCUUCAGGAGGGGGACCUCAUCAGUGCAGAGGUACAGUCUGUUUUCUCAGAUGGGGCGCUCUCUCUUCACACCCGCAGUUUAAAGUAUGGAAAGUUGGGGCAAGGAGUUCUUGUGCAGCUAUCUCCCUCUCUGAUCAAGAGACAGAAAACCCACUUCCACAACCUGCCUUGUGGGGCCUCCAUCAUCCUGGGCAAUAAUGGCUUUGUGUGGCUGUACCCCACCCCAGGACAUCAGGAUGAGGAGGCUGGAGGAUACUACACCAGUCUGGAGCCUGUCUCUCUCUCAGAUCGGGAGGUGAUCUCACGGUUGAGGAACUGCUUGCUGGCCUUGGGGGCACACAAGGUGCUUCUGUACGACACCAGUGUGCUCUACUGUUACGAGUCAUCACUCCCACACCAGAUCAAGGAUAUCUUAAAACCAGAGGUGAUGGAGGAGAUUGUGAUGAUGACGCGUCAGAAACUUGUCGAACUGGAGGGUUAGAGUACCAGAUGCAACCUUCCUUAACGUAAUGGAAGGUUUGUGAUGCCUAAACUUGGAAUGCAGGGAACAAGGCAUUAACCACAUUGGGGACUGAACCUAAACCCAAGUUCUGAACUUGUCUCUCAAGCAGAAGAUACAGUGACCUGUAUAUCCCCUUUUUGAUACAAUCUUCUGGUUUCAUCAGGAAAUGUAUUUCUCUGCAGUUUAGUUUAUGAAGCUAAAAGUAUAAACGCAUCAAGUGUUGGUCUCAUGUUUCAUGAGCUGAAUUGAAAAAAAAUCCAGAAAUUUACCAUAUACACAAAAAGCUUAUUUCUCUCAAUUUGUGUGCAUAAAUUUGUUCACAUCCCUGUUAGUGAGCAUCUCUCCUUUACCAAGAUAAUCCAUCCACCUGACAGCUGUGGCAUAUCAAGAAGCUGAUUAAACAGCAUGAUCAUCGCACAGGUGCACCUUGUGCUGGGGACAAUAAAAGGCCACUUUAAAAUGUGCAGUUUUGUCACACAACACAAUGCUACAGAUGUCUCAAGUUUAGAGGGAGCAUGCAAUUGGCAUGCUGACUGCAGGAAUGUCCACCAGAGCUCUUACCAGAUCAUUUUAUGUUAAUUUCUCUACCAUAAGCUGCCCCCAGUGUCGUUUUAGAGAAUUUGGCCGUACGUCCAACCGGCCUCACAUGUAACCACGCCAGCCUGUGGGAUAGUCUGAGGGGACGUGGUGAGGAGUAUUUCUAUCUGUAAUAAAGAAACGUAUUCUGAUUGGGUGGGCCUGGCUCCCCAGUGGGUGGGCCUGGCUGCCAAGUGUGUGGGCCUAUGCUUUCUAAGGCCCAUCCAUGGCUGCACCCCUGCAUAGUUGUGAAAUCUAUAGAUUAGGGUGUAAUUUACUUAUAUGAACUGUAAUUCAGUAAACUUUGAAGUUGUUUAUUUUUUGUUAAGUAUAUAAACUAUAGCUAUGUUUCUCAAUAGACACCUAUAUUGGAGAGGGAUGGUAAUUGAUUUACUGAAUUAAAAUGUUCCUGCAUUCUGCAACCAAGGACCCAGCUGUUCCUUGUUUCUUUGUGGUUGUUUUUUAGAGAACUGUAGUAGAGGACUGUUGAUAAUGUGUCAUACUUUUGUAUGAUUAACUACUCUUUUGAGAAUUAAAUACACAAACCUACUAAUGCCUCAAGCUAUCAGUGUGUGAAACCUUAAUCUUAUGCUUGUAAGUAGUGCGUUUUUAUUUUGAGGUUUCCCAAUUAGAUUAUUUUACUUCAAGGGCACAUGUAAUGAGAGAUCCUUGUGGAGGAAUCUUAGCCUCCCAAUGUACAUUAAAGUGUUUUUCCUCACAUUA